CCAUUUUCACACAGGUAUCAAAACCCUCGGUAUUCUGUUCGACUUCACCUCCCGCACCUUCCGCCUCACCUCACCCACCACCCUUUCUUUUCUGGCGUUUUCGGUGUCCUGGCGUCACAUCUACUUGUGCAUUUCUUCGACCGAUCGUCUCUCUCUUUUGUCAACUCCUUAAGUGCUCUUUUGCUGUAUCAUAAACAGCAUCUCCGUCAUGGCGAAUGUCGAGCGUCCACCGUCAGCGGCACCACCAGCAGCAGCGCCUACGUCAACCCCCGAUAGCACGCCCGCUACCGGUAAGGCUGCUCUGCAUACCGCGCCGCCAGUUUCUUCCCCCGCCAGUUCAGAGAAGACGGCCAUUGCCGCUGCGUGCUCAACUCGCGUGUCUCCGCGUCUGCGCAGGAUGAACGCGCAACCUGGAACAGGCGCUGCUGUCUUCUCUACCGACGGUGGCCGCCACCCACAUCGCAACCCUCCUUUCCCUCCCGCACCGGUCAUAGUCCGGAGCGACAAGACCCAAGGCGUAUUCGAGUUCGCCGGCUACUGGCGCGAGAAAUGUCCCGAGUUCUACCAUUGCUUCUUCCCAAGCGCCGGAUGGACGAUCACCGACCUUUGGGACGAUGCCGAUAUCCACCUCGAGUCACCUGGCUUUCUAGAAGACGUCCUUGGCGCUAUCUGCCACGAUAAUCUGGUUUCGGUCACGAAAUUUGCACAGGCAUGGGGUCCGCUAAACCCUGAGAAGCUCGAAAAGCUCGCAAAGUAUACCGAUCUUAUGUAUGACACGAACGAUCAAUUCGCUAUCGUCGACGAGAUCUUUACCAAAGGCGAGCAGGAUGAUUGCCCGCGUCACUUUCUCUACCAUACUACGUGGGCCUUGCGGCAUGGAAUGCAGAUGUACAUGGUGAAGCAUCAUGCAGCGCAGUCUGCGAGCCCUGUUGGACUUACAUGCAAAGCACAGCCGUUGUCUCCUACGAUCAAUGACCGCAGGACAACUGCAGAGCUCAGUCAUAAGUCGGCGGUAAUUGUCAGGCCACAAUCAGCGUUUCCUGGAUCGUCAAACUCAGUGCCUGGGCCCGUUCAGUCUGCGCCAAAUGCCCCGCUCAUGCGGCAGCCAUCCUUUCCCUCAUCGCAUAUACAGAGAACCCUCCCUCAUGCAGGUGAUUUUCUCAUCAUGGGCCAUUGUGCACCUAUGAUCCCAGUACCAUAUCCUGGACCACCUCGUCAUAACAAGCGGCGCGAUCGGCCAGGGACUAAUUCGUACACCCAAACACCACACAUGCACGGCUUUGUGGAAAACGGUCGUAUGCCUUCUGGCGAACAUCCGCGACAUCUCUCUGGCCCUUCCCUGCAUGGUGGUACUGUUCAUCGGUAUGGACCGCCCAUGCCAGGCCCAUUCAAUCCAUUUCCUCCCGGGGCACGUCUUCCAUCGAAUACCUCGGUGACAUCACCACCUAUGCACCCGAACCAAGUGGACCAUAUGGAAAUGAUGUCACGGGUUGCGAUGUUUCCUCCGCCGGGACCAAUUCUGCCUCAGCUACAUGACUCAGCUUAUCAGCAGUACGCGCCUACACCAUUCAUGGACAUGUCGAACAACCUCCAAUACCCGCAGGGUCGUGACACGGAUGCUCCCGGAAUGCAGCGAAGCAACAGUCAGUCCACCAAGACAUCUGGGCUUUUCAAUCCCUAUGGUGCAGAGCGUCCGGACAAGGCUGGAUUUACGACUACAGGUCCCCGGAAAGGAGGUCGUGGGAACUACUCGAACAAUGCAGACCGAGGCCGUAAGUCCUCAGCAGGUACCUUUGACCGGUCUCUGUACGGUUCGUACCCGUCAGAUUCCGCGGAAAAUGGCAUGCGAGGCGGUAGUGGUCAAUUUUUUGAGGGUACCCAGGUACGUCAAUUGAGCAAUGGCCUUGAGGUGGAUCCGAGUAUAGUCAACGACAAGCAAUUCGGCUGCUCCUACGACUUCAUUGGCCCACAGAAUAACACCGUCCGUCUGCUCUACGUCAAGAAUCUGCCUAAGGAAGUUGAUGCAUCAGAGCUCAGAGUCGCGUUCCUAGAAUCUACGGGUGUCGGACCUGAAUCAGUACAGAUUAAGCGCAAUUUCGACUCCAAAGACUUCACCCAGGCUUUCGUCAGCUUCGACACUGUAGACGAAGCGAGAACUGCUCUGGAGGCUGUGAAUGCUAAGAACUUGAAGUUUAGAGAUCGAGAACUGCACGUCAGCGUUGCUCGGCGUUACUUUCAAUAUCCAAUGUCUUCGCAACAACCUCGCGGAGCAUCUCAUGAGUUUCGUCGCCCGGCCGAGAGUAACGUUGCAUCAGUGGGGUCGAUCCAGUAUUCACCUCAGGAUGCUAGGAGCGACCUGCAUCGUGCGAACAAGCUACAACAACCUGAAUAUCCGGCAACACGUGGAAGCCCGGAAGCGCGAAAGGCCAAAAAGAUUUUACCUAAAAAGAAGAACCAUAGCGCACAUGAGGACCGUCAGAGUGAGAUCGGGGAGGCUUCACAUCCUUCGUCGAACGCCAUUUCAACCUUCGAGGCUGCAGACAGCACUAGACAAGAUGAGCCAUCUUUACAAGACAAAAAUACCGAUACGAGCGCAGGCACAGCCGUUAGAGCGCCUAUCGAAGAAGUUCCCAGCAAUGUCCCAGUAAAAGGUUUCGUGAAUAUUUCGGAGGAAACACCCAGCAAUGGCGUGGAGGCAGCACUAGGCAACACUGUAGAUGAAACACCCAUAGACAUGACCACAUAACUUUACCGCUUCCAGCCGAUCAAGUGGAGGUUUCCAAUGAGGAGCCGAAUG